GGGCCCGGCACGGGGCAGGGUCCGAGUGUGUCGCGCUGCGCGAGUCUGCCGAGGCGACGAACCAUUUCCCGCAAACUUCCUCGGCCGGAGACCCGGGUUCCCGGGCCCGCCCCCGCGGGGCCACGCAGUACCACGUCCGGCCGCGGGGCCGCGCGUCUCGGUUCCGGGGCGGGGCGGGGCCGCGCGCGCGCGCGCGCGCGCGCGCUCGGUGGCGGAGCCCGAGCUCUCGCGAGUCCGCGGCGCGACGUCCGUGAGCCGCGGAGGGCCGGGGGCGCGAUGGACGAGGAUCUGGUGGUGGCGCUGCGGCUGCAGCGGGAGUGGGACGCGCGGGCCGCGCAGCGCGAGGCGGCGCGGGAGCCGCCGUCGCUGGUGGACGCGUCCUGGGAGCUGGUGGACCCCACCCCGGACCUGCAGGCGCUGUUCGUGCAGUUCAACGACCGUUUCUUCUGGGGCCGGCUGGAGGCCGUGGAGGUCAAGUGGAGCGUGCGCAUGACCCUGUGUGCUGGGAUCUGCCUCUAUGAAGGAAGAGGCGGGAUGUGUUCCAUUCGUCUCAGUGAACCUCUCUUAAAGCUGAGACCAAGAAAGGAUCUUGUAGAGACCCUCUUGCAUGAAAUGAUACAUGCCUAUUUGUUUGUCACUGAUAACGAUAAAGACCGGGAAGGACAUGGUCCAGAGUUUUGUAAACACAUGCGUCGCAUCAACGACCUGACUGGAGCCAAUAUAACGAUCUACCACAGCUUCCACGACGAGGUGGAGGAGUACCGGCGGCACUGGUGGCGCUGCGACGGCCCGUGCCAGCACCGGCAGCCCUACCACGGCUACGUCAAGCGCGCCACCAACAGGGCGCCCUCCCGCCACGACUACUGGUGGGCCGAGCACCAGAAGACCUGCGGCGGCACCUUCGUUAAAGUGCGGGAGCCCGAGAGCCACGCGAGGAAAGGCAAGCGGAAGGCGAAGGCAGAGCCGCCGCCCGGCCCUGCGGUGGAGAGCCAAGGCGACGGCAGACGGGCGGCCCCGCAGCUGGUGCCCUUCAGUGGGGAAAGGCUACGUCCUCGGGGAGACCGCCCGCCGCCCCCGCGCCCCCUCCGUGGAGAAGCGCCCCCCGGCGCCGGCCGCCAGAGCGUCCUGAGCAGCUACUUCCCCCCGAAGGCCUUCCGCAGCGUGAGCGUGCCCUCGCUCGCCUCCCCGCGCCCCAGCCCGCCCCCCGGAGCCCACGGGGCCCGCCUCGGCGUCCCCGGAGACCCGCAGGCGCGAGGACCCUCGGGCCGCCCGCAAACGGCCCCGGCUGGAGCCCGAGGCGGCUUUGGACGGCCUUGCCGUCGGGAAGGAGCGGGGGCCCGGGCGCCGGCCGGGCCCGGGGCUGGGAGCCGCGUGGUCAGCUGCCCCGUGUGUCUGGGGGCCGUGGCGGAAGCGCAGAUCAACCAGCACUUGGACUUGUGUCUGGAGGGGACCGCGGGGACGCCGGGGGCCGCGGGGUCUGAGGUGGGGCGCGGCUCGCCCCGGCCCGAGGUUCUGUGAGACGGGGCUGGGGCUGGUGGAGGCCGAGGCUCCAUGACAGCGGCGGGCGGGGUGACCCCACCGGCAGGCGCCCCUCACUCAGCCUCGGGACCCCUGGGACUCACGAGCCCGGGUGACACGCCAAGACCCCAUUCCAGGGAAGCUGCCGGACAACUCAGGGUGCUGCCCGCAGCCUGGCCUCGCCUCGCUGCGGCCUGGCUGCCCCGGGCCUGCCCCGGGCCGUGCGGGUGCGGACCCCUCCUCCCCCCCUGCUCCGGAAGGCGGGCCCGAGGCCGCGUCCCUCCCGGGCUCCCCGCCCAGGCCCUGAGCCCGGUCACCGCAGGUGCGCACGCGCAGCAGGGCAGGCGUCUCGGGUGCUCAAGUUUUGUUUUCCCAAGCCUUUUUUUUCUUUCAAAAUCAUAACAGGAAACAAAUUUUCUAUAUUUACAGAAUCUUCUACCUUUCUAAGAGGUGGUGGCAGAUUUUAAAGAAUUUCCUCUAUUUUAAAGAAUUAUACAGAGUUAUUUUGAAGACAGUUCUGUUCCACCGUUCCUGAAAAGCAGAGGUAGAUUUGAGGUCCACACACAAGGAAUAAAGCUCAGAAAGUCAGUUUGGAAUGGUAGGGAAAGUGGCCGCUCUAGCUCCGGAGGCCACGUUUUACCUUGAGUUGAGUGGCUGCCUCAGAACGGAGCCCAGGGAGUCUGAGGACUGUGUGAUCUGUGCGCGGACGAGUCCGAGUGAGUGUGCCCCCGCGCGGACGGUUCCGGGCCACGUGGCACCUGCUGACGCGUGCAGGGAGUGGGACCGCACUGUGGCUGAGGAGGGGGAGCAGCCCCGGUCGCCCAGCCACAGGGCCCAAGGCUCC